AUUUGACAAUAAAUAACUGUGCAGAUUUUAAUGCAGCAUCAGUCUCAGGCCACCGUCGAGAAGAUAACUUGCAUCAUGUUCAUCAAAACGUUGCUCGUAUGCGCCGUCGCCGCUGUAGCCAUGGGCAUUGAGUACCCGCCCGGCGUUGACCCCCUGCUCUGCCCCAACUACCCGUACUGCAACAUGGAAUUGAUGGCGCGGUACAAGACCCUGCCCUACAUCUCUGAGUACCAGAUCCCGUAUGCCCGGAUGGUCUAUGCUGCCCCUUAUCCUAUUGCUGCCCCUAUUCCUGUCGCUGCCCCUGUUGCUGCUCCUAUUACUGAAGAACCCGCAACGCUGCCCUCCGCUCCGCUGUACCCCGCUGACGUCGAUCCCGCUUCGUGCCCAAACUACCCGUACUGCGCGUAAUUCUACUGUGACAUUUUGUGAAAUGUGGCAUCGCGGU